AUGGGAUCACACUGUAUAACAACACCUCAAUAUGGGAUCACACCCUGUAUAACACCUCAAUAUGGGAUCACACUCUGUAUAACAAUCACACUCUGUAUAACAACACCUCAAUAUGGGAUCACUCUCUGUAUAACAACACCUCAAUAUGGGAUCACUCUCUGUAUAACACCUCAAUAUGGGAUCACUUCCUGUAUAACACCUCAAUAUGGGAUCACUCUCUGUAUAACAACACCUCAAUAUGGGAUCACUCUCUGUAUAACAACACCUCAAUAUGGGAUCACACUCUGUAUAACAACACCUCACUAUGGGAUCACUCUCUGUAUAACACCUCAAUAUGGGAUCACUCCCUGUAUAACAACACCUCAAUAUGGGAUCACUCUCUGUAUAACAACACCUCAAUAUGGGAUCACACUCUGUAUAACAACACCUCACUAUGGGAUCACUCUCUGUAUAACACCUCAAUAUGGGAUCACUCCCUGUAUAACAACACCUCAAUAUGGGAUCACUCCCUGUAUAACAACACCUCAAUAUGGGAUCACUCUCUGUAUAACAACACCUCAAUAUGGGAUCACUCCCUGUAUAACAACACCUCAAUAUGGGAUCACACUCUGUAUAACACCUCAAUAUGGGAUCACUCUCUGUAUAACACCUCAAUAUGGGAUCACACUCUGUAUAACACCUCAAUAUGGGAUCACUCUCUAUAUAACACCUCAAUAUUGGAUCACUCCCUGUAUAACAACACCUCAAUAUGGGAUCACUCUCUGUAUAACACCUCAAUAUGGGAUCACUCCCUGUAUAACAACACCUCAAUAUGGGAUCACACUCUGUAUAACACCUCAAUAUGGGAUCACUCUCUGUAUAACAACACCUCAAUAUGGGAUCACACUCUGUAUAACAACACCUCAAUCUGGGAUCACACUCUGUAUAACACCUCAAUAUGGGAUCACACUCUGUAUAACAACACCUCAAUAUGGGAUCACUCCCUGUAUAACACCUCAAUAUGGAAUCACACUCUGUAUAACACCUCAAUAUGGGAUCACUCCCUGUAUAACACCUCAAUAUGGGAUCACUCCCUGUAUAACAACACCUCAAUAUGGGAUCACUCCCUGUAUAACACCUCAAUAUGGGAUCACACUCUGUAUAACACCUCAAUAUGGGAUCACUCCCUGUAUAACAACACCUCAAUAUGGGAUCACUCCCUGUAUAACAACACCUCAAUAUGGGAUCACUCUCUGUAUAACAACACCUCAAUAA